UCAAAAUUGAAAACUCUAGGUAAAGAUUGGAUGAUAAUGGGCAUCAAAGCUUUAAAGGACAAACUAUCGAGUAAUUUUAACAUUCAAGAUGAUCCAUUGUAUUCUAUUAUUAAACGAAAUAAGGUGACCAAUUUUCUUUACAAGGAGAUUACCUUCCUCAAUCAUUGUGCAUCUAUUUUAGGUUUCAUCUCUUUUAUUAUCGGAAUGAUAUCAAUAUUUUACGAAGCUAAAGCUCACCUUCAGAUAAUGGGUUUAGCGGCAAUUUUUCACAUCUUCGGUUCUCUCGGUUCAGAGUAUUUUAAGAAAAAACGGAACCGUUACCUUCUUUUAGCUGUUGCCCUUUGUAAUGUCUCAUUUUUAGCUGUGGCUCAAAUAUUUUUAACUCUUUAUAUUUUAAUUGCUGAUUCUGCUACCAAUCCCUCUAAAAGUGAUUUUAAAACUGAAACGUUUUUCCAUGUUAUUUUGUUUCCUUGGGUUUUAUCAUCAAUCUUGAUUGCAAUUUUGUUUUUAAUUUUGGUCAUUUAUUUGGUCACGAAUGAUAACUUAUCUGUUGACCCAAUAAAUCCCGGACUAAACCAAUUACCAACGGAAAGAGGAACAUUUGUUACUGGAUUGAGUCAACAAUUCCAGCAAACAUCAGUGAACUAAAGACAAAUAAGGCUACGUUAAAUAUUUUCCAUCCUGAUUACGUACAUAGAUAAUGAUAAUAUGCAAAAAUUUGAACCCUAAAUUGGGCAUAAUUGUAAAAUAAAUUAUUCUUGGAGAAUUCAUUUUAA